CGCUGUUCCGUUUCCAAGCGCAACCAAAAGCAUAACAGGACUGUCUUCUCGCUAUCUUUACAAAUUGUCCGGUUGUGAACAUCAUUCCCAUCUGUUUUCUUUACAGUGCCUUCUGACAGUCCAGCCUUAUGUAAACGUGGUAUAUUUCAUUCUAGAUUUUCAACUCGUCACGACAAAACUCUGCUCCGCAUCAUCCUUCUGCAAUGGCUGACUUUGGUUUUAAUGAGCACCAUCAGAAUGAGGCCAUCAACUACAUACAUUUUGCCCGCUCUAAACGGGCACUGAGACUGAAGACCAUCGACUCCUGUUUCCAAGACCUGAAGGACAGCAGGCUUAUGGAGGAAACGUACACGGUGGACGAGGUGUCUGACAUGCUGAAUGGGCUGCAGAUUCUAGUGCGUGGAGAAGUGGAGAUGGAACUCAUAAACACGGCUCACACUAACGUGCUGCUUCUGCGACAACUGUUUUCCCAAGCAGAGAAGUUCUACCUGAGACUGCAGACCGACAUCUCUGAGCUGGAGAACAGAGAGUUACUGGAGCAAGUUGCUGAGUUUGAGAAGACUGAUUUCAAACCCAACAGCAAGGUAAAUCAGGAGUCCAGUAAGCCAAAAUUAGCUCCACUAAAUGAAGGCGGUGUGUCUGAACUGCUCCAGAAGGAGAUUUCCAGACUACAAGAAGAAAAUGAAAAGUUGAAAGCUAGACUCAAAACAUUGGAGUCUCAGGCCAUGAGUGCUCUAGACAACAAAUCCAGAGCAGAAAGAGCCUUGAGAGACCUUCAGAGGAACCAAGGAGAUCAGCAGUCUGUGAUGGUCGCUCAGGAGAUUGCUAAUCUAGAAGGCACAGUAGCGGCAAUGCAGUCUGACUUUGAGAAGACCUUAAAUGCCAACAUGGCCUCUCAGAAGGACCUGCAGGACAACCUGGUGUCUGCUAAACACGACCUGCUGCGAAUCCAGGAGCAACUAGCCUUAGCUGAGAAGGAACUGGAGAAAAAAUUCCAGCAGACCGCUGCCUACCGUAACAUGAAAGAGAUUCUCACUAAAAAGAACGAACAGAUUAAGGAUCUAAGAAAAAGAUUACAAAGAUAUGAAUCGGAUGAGUGAACGUGCAGACUACAGGACACAAAUGCAGCGGGACUUUUAAUGGACUUUUAAUGGAUAUUACAGGAAGUGAGCCUGUGACGCUACACAUUUCAAAAGGCAAAGAACCAAAGUAUGAGAAAUAAAAAAGACGAGGGAUUUUCCACCAACUUUCCAUGUAAUUCCUCAUCAGCAAGAUCAACACUACUAGAUCGGCUUCAUAUAUUGUGGUUUAGAAACAUUAAUCUGACAUGCACAUAACACUACAAAUUGUGUAGUUAUUUCUCACUGCUGUGUGUCGUUCUGUGUGUGAAGCCUGUUACCUGAGAGCAAGGAUUGAUUUAAAUUCGUACAUCCUUAAAACAAAAAAAUCUUAUUUCAGGGUACCAUAGACUUUUGUAUUUGUUUCAAGUCACAAAUAAUAUUUCUUAAAUUUUCUUUUUAUAUACAUUAAUCUUUAACAUUGGAUUGUAAAUUGGCAACACUUUCUAUAAAGCCUGUAAAGGUAAUGCACUUAUAAUGCGUCAUAAGUGCAGUUACAAAACAUUGUAAUACAUUUACUGUAUACGAGUAUUCAUAUAGUAUAAUGUACUGUGGUGUAAUGCAAAUAAAGUUAAGUAUGCACCACAAUAUGAUUAAAAUGCAUUAAUCGAAGCUUUUAACCACCUACUAUAUAUGGAAAGUGUUACUAAAAUGCUUUUUUGUUUUAUAACAUUUUUUCCAUGACUAUGUGUACUGUAGUUAUUUAUAUUGAGAGAAUUUUCUUCACCCGUUCUGGUUGACACCAGUUCACAUCUUUGAUCAUCAUCCUUUAAUUUGUCUUAUUUGACUUUUAAUGUUUUAAAAUAAGUCUGAAUGUCACAUACAUUACAACACUAACUACAGGACAAUUUCAAUGCAUUCAGCACAGCAGUGGAAGCACCGGUGCUUUAUAAUGUUUCUUGUAUUGCACAUUCAUUGUAUAUUUAUAUGCUGUCCACAGUAUAUUUUUGUAAGAUUUGUGUCCUUUGACCUUUAUUUCUUCAAUCAGAAAGGCCUACUUAAACAGCUGUGUAGGUGUAAGCUCUACCUGUGGUCGGAGUCUUGUAUUUUGUGUUACCUUUCUAGCGAUGUCGUAUGGAAAAUAUAGUGGUUCACAUGAGCUUACUGUCUGUUUUUGCAGCACUCUUGGUCUGAUUUAUGCACAUUUGAUAUUUUAAUUAAAUGCUGCUAACAACUGUG